AUGGAUCUCAUCCUCGACACAGCUGAUACUUACUUCCUCGAUCGUGCAUGGGCGCGCGCUCUUCCUGCGCUUUCGACGCCGCACAGUAAUAUCACAGCAACAUACUCGGUCCUCGAGUCCGCCUGGACUAGGGACUACAUACCGCGUCAGUUGAUCUCCCUCGGCGUUCUCUCUUUCGUGGGCUUCCACAUGCUCUACUUCACCUUCGCCACUCUGUCGUACAUGUUCGUCUUCAACCACGAGAUGAUGAAGCACCCGCGUUUCAAGCCCAACCAAGUGAAGCUCGAGAUCCAGGACAGCCUUCGUGCCUUGCCUGGUGUCGUUCUUCUCACCCUGCCGUGGUUCCAGGCUGAGGUGAUGGGAUACUCGAAGCUGUACGACCAUGUCGACGAGUACGGCUGGAGCUACUUUAUUUUUUCGGUCGUCUUUUUCAUUGCCUUUACUGAUCUUGGCGUAUAUUGGGCUCAUCGUACCUUGCAUCGCCCGAGCCUCUACAAGAGGCUCCACAAGGUUCAUCAUCGAUGGCUCGUACCAACUCCGUUCUCCGCGUACGCUAUCCAUCCUGUGGACGUGUGUAUUCAGUCCCUCCCGUACCACAUAUUCAUCUUUGUCUUCCCUCUCCACCGGUGGCUCUACCUCGGUCUAUUCAACUUUGUCAGCCUCUGGUCUAUUCUGAUCCAUGAUGGGGACAUGAUCGCUGGUCACCCGCUUGAGAAGUACAUCAAUGGUCCCGCGCACCAUACAAUGCACCACCUCUACUUCACGGUCAACUACGGCCAGUACUUUACGUGGGCUGACCGCCUUGGAGGUUCCUACCGUCAUCCAGACGGCAACCCGGACUCCACGGUCAAGAUUAAGAAGGAUCUCUAG